ACGGCCCGCCCGUCACGGCCCGCCCCGCCCCGGGCGCUGUGCCGCCGCUCCUCGCACCGGCGGGACGAGACCGAGCCGGGGUUGCCACCGGCUUGGCUCCGGUGCUUUCGCUUGUCCUUGUUCUCCCGGCUGGGCCGUGGAGCUGCCUCUGCAUUCCCCGGAGGUAUAGGACAGCGAUGCACGGCGCGGCCUCCUCCCCAUAGCCGCCGGCUCCUCACCUCACCCUGAGGUGGCCCGCAGCGGGGUGACGGCCCAGGCGGCCGCAGGGGAGCUUCGGUCCGGCGGCUGCCGCAGCGAGGAGGUGGUUUCGAGGAAGGCCCCCCGGCGCCGCAGGCAGAGGGGAGGCGGCCGGGGCCAUGUGGCAGAGCAUCGGUCUGACCUUGCUGGUGAUAGUGGCCACCCUGGCCUGCGUGCUGCUCUUCAUGCUGUGCGGCUGGUACGUGGUCUGGCAGUUGUUUUUGUCUAAAUUCAAAUUCCUGAGAGAAUUAAUAGGUGAUACGGGGUCCCAGCAGGGAGACAACGAGCCUUCAGAGACUGAACCUGAACAGGAAACUCCACCCUCGCCUCAGAGAGCAAAAUCUGCUCGACAGCGACGGGCACCUACAGAAGACACAACUUAAAAGUACUCCAUUGAACUUCACACUAAUUCUGAGUGGUUAAGCGCCUGUGCACUGUGUCCUUCAGUGGUUUGAUCGGUUUGAUCUUACUGAGAAACUGGUUGGAGAGGUAAUCUUCCUAAUACCUGUGGACCUUUACUUCUGAGCUACCACUGUAUGCUACUUCAGUAGGAAGGGCUUCAGCAGCAAGCCAUAGAAUACUGGAAGAAAGGAGGAAUGAGAGAAAUCUCCGUCAGAAAGAGACUGAGCUGCUCUAUCUUCUGUCUGCACCUAGAUUCAAAGCAGGUCCUGGACCUUAGGCUUAGCCUUUGCAUUAGUCUGAACACUAUAAACAUUUCAGACUUGAAAUGGUUUCUAAAUUAUUUUUUCCUUGGAGCACUGUUAAGUACAUAUAGUGAAAUUGAGUCUUACUUCCUUAGCUAUAUAUGAAUAUAUAUAUUUUUUUCCUUCGACUUUGCGAAUGCAUGGAAACGUGAAAACUGGUGCACAGAAUAUCCUGCUUUAGGAAGUUUUCUAAAGUGAGAUGAAUUGUGUUCUUAUGUGUGUAAAAAGCAUAAAUGAAAUAUGAAAAAUCAAUAUUAGAUGCAUGUGAUUUGGAGGUUUUUAUCUCCUCUCAAAAAAAAAAAGGGCAUUGUGCGGUGGGACCUGCUUUGGUGUAAGGAUUUGGCACAAGAAGGUUUACAGGUUAACCUGUAGCCCUGCCAGGUUUCUGUGUGUUUCUCCUGCACCUCUUACUACAAGUCCAACCUGUAUUGGAGAAGGGAAGGUGCCUGGGUUAUCUUAAAUGUAGUAUUCUGAGGUGUCAUCUUUGCUUUCUGGAUAAUAAGCACUUCUCUAGUUCACUUUGUACACCUUUACAUCAGGUCUGUGGUACCUGACAUAACUUUCCUGGAGCCAGUGAAGGCAUUCUGAUCAGUUUGGUAGCCAUGGCUGUUACACUUUGAUAGUGCCACAGCAGUGAAUUUGGUACCUCAUCUUUGCUGGAGGACUUAAUUGAUUUUUACUAAGCACUUGCUCCUGUUUUCAUUGAGAAUGAGUUGUGAAGCUGUUUAGACAUUGUUCAUCAGAACAAAGGGCUCCACUCCUGUUUAUGGAGCAGCUCCAAAAACUGAAUCAUGACGUCUGUGGAAAGAGAAGGAACAUGCAUGUGCCACCUCUGAGGUGCCUGAGAGAGAACUACCAACACACCUGCCACAAAAGCUUCCAUUUUCUGUCUUGGAUACGUGGUGGUGGUUGGAUCAUUGUUCCCUGUGUAAAAACUGAAACAAGUCUACAAAAUCAGUCUUGUACUUUCAGAGGUUUAAACCUGUGACUUCCAAACAUGAGGUUUCCUUCAAUUCCAUGGCUGAAAUGAGCGAUGUUCAGCUUUUUCAUCAAGUAAGGCUUACAUCUGGGAGAAGAGCACUCUUCUAGUGCCUUUAGGUUUUGUCACCUGUGAAUACACUAAACACUAAUGAGAGCAUUCACUUCUUAAAAGGAUUUUGAGCUUUCAGUGUUACAAUAUAUAAGACCAGACUUGACCUUCCUUCAGAGUCUGAAAGUUGUCGUUCUGUUGACUAGCAUGUAUGUAUAGGCAUGCUUUAUUUCAGGGCUAUGUUUUCAAGCAUGAUCAGGCUGUGCUGUGCACACACCCUUGAAACACAUUGAAAGAAAUACUGAUAGUCUCUUUCCUCUGCCUUGUCUGUUGGCAAGGGAAUGCGUAAUGAUGGUUCUUGUUUUUUUUUAAUUGGUGAAAUUCUCAUUUACUCAAGCUGAGCAAAAGCAAUCAAAUUCUGUUCCCUGCUGCUUCCAGUUAUUGGCCUUGCACAACUUAAUGUCACGGUGUUCUUGUACCUGGGUGUCUUUUCACAGGAUGAGACUAGCUGUCUGACCAAGCACUGGUACAUUUAUCUAAAGUAACAUCUUCAGCAUCUUUGUCUUGAGCUUUGCUAAUAGAGGCUUACAAAUAAAGAUGUGUUUUUUCUACUGAGCUAGGAUAUUGACACUCCACCACGCUUCACUUUUACUACAGUGCACAGAAGAUGGGAAUAAUCUGAUGCUUGUAGUAUCCUCUGCUAAGUAACAGUUAACUCAGUCUCUGCUUCUAGCUGUGAGGAAAUGUGAAGUUGCAGCAAUCUGCACAGCUAAUCCGAGUGACUUCAAAGAUGCAAGAAUCAAGACUGGAGCAAGAUCAUGAAGGAAAAUCCAUGCUGGUUUGACUGCUGAUGCUGACUGAACAUGCAAUAAGAUGGGCGUGGAACCUCUCUAGCUCAUCUGCUCUAGCCAAACAGCUCCCUUCUUAUCUUUGCUGUAUGUAGGUGUACAUUUCACUGCCCCAAGUGAUUUUCAGUCUUUUUUCUAUGAACAACUGAUGCUAUUUUUUUCAUGUUGCUGUGAAAUAGCUGCCAAUAAUGCACUCUGCCUAGUCUGUAACUUAGAUGAUCUUGUUAGUAGCAGGCCAAAGGUUUAUAUGAGGCAGUUUGGAGGAAUUUUGGAAACUUCUGAUGUCUGCUGUCAAGGCAUCAUUUUUCCUGAAGGAAUCUGUAGUAAAAUCUUUGUACAGGGCACUUCAUGCAAAGCUGCUGAAGCAAAGGUAUGUGUGUGAAAGUGUACAUGUGAAAAGACCUGGGUUGUGAUUGCUGGCAGUCCAGUGUACUCAUGUCUUUGAAUAUUUUUACUAGCGUACUUCUGCUGGGUGAGCACUUAACUUUGAAUUGACUUAUUCAAGUCAGAAACCUUAUGAAGGCAACAGGUUACACAGUUGGUCUUGUUUUGUGUGGUAGGAAGUAUUUUAAAGCUGUUUAUUGCCUUAUUGUUGCAGCCAUUCUCUUGAAUGUACUUUGGGUUUUUAUUUUAAAUACGUUCAUAUCACCUUUCUUGCAGGGUCCAUAUAACUUUGAGCAGAAAUUGAUUACCUGUGUUGGGUGUGACAGUUAAUUGAGAACAGUAACUGCAGUGAAGGCUGAAACAAACACAGUCUAGACCAGUGGGAAACAAUGCAACUUUGAGUGGUGUAAAAGGUUUUGUUGAUGCUGAAUUGUAGAAUUCAGACCUUUUUUAAGGGAGCCACUGAGGUUAUUAUCAUGGUGACUUCAUGUUUGCACAUGAGGCUGAUUCUGUGCAGUUCAUCCACUCAGCACUGCUGCUGUAGCUGUCCACAGUAAGUGCCAGGCAUCGUGCUGUGAUUUGUGAGCCACUUACUAUCAGGUUUUACACUGAACUAGCCCCGUGUGUGUACUUGUGUUCCAUUUGGAAGCGACCAGCAUAAAGAGUGUGUUCAGUGUGGUCAUUUGCUGCUUCAGUGUUACAAUCCUGUACUUCAAGCUUCUGUGGGUGUCUGUUUUCAUCGUUAACUGUUCUUUUAUCUGACUGCACAGAUGAAAAAUAAAGUAACCAGACUUGAUAAGAA